CUGACAUCCAACAAGGAAACAAGUAGGAGACAAAACAUUGAUGUAUAAAUAUUAAACAUUUUAGUGGGAGUAGUCAUGGCAGACCCGGACUCCGCAGACCUGGUAACGCUGUUCCAACAGGAGCCCAGUGGGAUCACCUACCGGAUCCCAGCUCUCCUCUAUAUCCCCGAGCCACCAGCCUUCCUGGCCUUUGCUGAGAAACGCUCAUCUCCUGAUGACCAGGACGCCCUGUACCUCGUGACGAGGAGAGGCGUGGAAAAGCAUGGGUCUAUUCACUGGGAGGACGUUAUUGCCCUGACAUCUGCCAAGUUAACAGGCCACCGAACCAUGAAUCCCUGCCCCGUGUACGAUGCGCAAAGUGGGACGAUAUUCCUCUUCUUCAUUUGUGUUCGGACGAACCGCUCCGAGCUGUUCCAAAUUCUGACGGGUAGGAACGCGGCAAGGCUUUGCUAUGUGACCAGCAGCGACCACGGUAAAACCUGGAGCCAGCUGCGCGAUCUCACAGCGGAAGUUAUAGGUGAUGACCUCAAGAAUUGUGCCACGUUGGCCGUGGGUCCUGGCCAUGGUAUACAAGCUCCAUUGGGGAGGCUGAUAGUUCCAGCCUACCUUUAUUAUGUCCACUCUCGUGUCUGCUGCCUCCCCGUUCCCUGCAAGACCAAGUGUCAUUCGUUUGUCUUCUACAGCGAUGACCAUGGUAGGUCAUGGCACAAAGGGAGCACACUGUGGAAUCAUAAGACAUGCGAGUGUGAGGUGGCCGAAGUGGCCUGCGGCAAUAAUUCAUCCGUCCUGUACUGCAGCGCUCGGACCAAGGAACAUUACCGAGUGGAAGCCAUCAGCAGGAGCCAAGGUUUGGAUUUUGCCAACUCUUAUUUUUGCAAGAGCUUGUGUGAACCUCCCACCGGCUGUCAAGGAAGUGUGGUGAGCUACCGUCCACCAGAGUGGAAGGACCAGAAACAAGAACUCGACGGCGUUUCCCAGUCAAUAAGGCCCUUAAUGGAAACAGGCACACUGUCUUGGCUUCUUUAUUCCCACCCAACCAGCAACAAGAAGAGAGUCGACUUAGGAAUCUACUUAAACAAGUCUCCUCUGGUACCGUCCAGGUGGACCCAGCCAUGGAUCAUCAAUAAAGGUCCAAGUGGUUAUUCUGACUUAGCAGUCUGCCAAGAUUCCCACAGCUUCGGGUGUCUGUUUGAGUGCGGCGUGAACGCAUGUGAGAAGAUCACCUUCAGGAGGUUCACACUGGAAGAGCUAAUGAAGAACGUGCCAGACCCAUAAAGCUACGUGAAUGAGAUGAGGACACCAUCAAGGCACAGUUAACUUGUAUCACUACAGCUCCUGACGUGGACAACUUGAACAGAAUGCUUGGGGCACUGUGGGGCCAGAGUACUAGGGUCUGUCUGUCUUCUCACCUGGUGGCCAUGAUUACUACCUCCUCGAUCUCAUUGGAUUAAAUGUACUUAUUGAACACCAGCAGAUUCCAUAACACUAUUACAAUAAGCAGAAGAAGAGGAGGGCCCUGGUCUAGGGAGCUUACAAUCUAUUACAGUCGCAAUGAUUUGUUGUCCCUCAGCUGAGAUGUGAUUUGGGUAUUUGGACCUGCGCCUGCCUGGUGAUCCGUGUGCCUUAAAGAAACCCCGAAUCACUUUACCGCAUGUAACCGCUAAGACCCCGGGUCAACCAGUUUCUCCAUUCAUGGCAUAUAAAAGUAACAGGACGGUUUUAACGGGCGUAUGUGCAAAAAGUAAUUUUAGUCAAAAAGAGGUAAAAGUGCUGCAGUCACCAUGGCAACCGAUUGAAAGUUACCCGCCAAUUUUACCAGCGGUGACCAGAACUCUUCUCUUUAAUUUUUAUUAACAUAUAAUUCAUCUGCUGCUUGCCUAUACACUCCUGAAGAAUGACCCGCAUUAUGCAGCGAAUGAGG